UUGGUUGCGUUAAAUUGCAAGAAAUUAUUAAAAUAAUAAAUUAAGGAAAAUGUUUUAAUAAUUAGAUUUAAUAAACAAGAACAACGAAAAACGAAACUAGGAAGUAUUAGUGGGCUGUUUAAAACAUUAUGAGAAACAAACGAAAACGUUAAUGAUGACAAAUCCUGAAAUAAGCUGACUGAACUGUUAUUGUUGUUUGUUUUUUGGCCAAGUCGUCUUUUCCAGUUCGACAAUCCUCAUUUAAAUGGUAAGAUGGAUAUUCCCUCCGAGACUACAUUGGACUCGGGAGCUAAUUCGUUGAACGAAAAUACGGUUAUUAUAAGGCUAGACAAAGAGCGUGUACCAUUUAUAAAAAACUCCGAGUAUAGUAAUCAUACACACUUAAGGGAUGCAACAGGAAACUCCCUUGAAAAUUACACCAAUGACAACGAAGAAUUUAAUAAGACAUCAUCAUUAGAUAAUCGCAUUUCCAGACCUAUGGAAAAAUUGACUCUAGGCAAUAUGAUGGACACAUCAUCAGUACCACAAAGGCGUAACGUAGCAGCAAGGACUUUAGCCGAUAAUCAUCCGUUAAUGCUUUCCCCGACUGGUUCAGAGACAGAUUACAAUGAUCAUGAAGUCCGGCUGGCAAAUGAAAAAAAUUCCGAAAGCAAGAAAAAUUAUCCGGAUGUUGUCCCAAGUCAAGAACAUAUACGUAUACCUCAGGAGUUGAAUCCUUUAGAUGAAAAUCAAGUCAGUGCAUUGCAUACAAAAAACGUCAACUAUGACACAUUGACUAAAGAAAAUAAUAGGCCUGAAAAAAUUAAAGGUUGUAUUGGGCAAACCUUAAAACCUAAUGACUUGAAGAUUGCCGCUUUUAGGACAAGUAGUCCUGAUUUGCUUAGCAGUGGAUCUGAGGUUAAUAUAUCACAAUACCAGGCUACUGUUGAUGCAAAUAAUCAAACUGUAGCGUUAAUGCCGAAAAAUGGCCAAUUGGAGUGUAACAGUCUGGUAGUUGCAAAUGUAGCAGGUGCACAAAAUAAACAUUUGAAGAACGCUCGAAAAGCCGAGGAUAUUUCAUCGCUGGAUUCAAUUUCUAAUCAUAGCUUUGAUGGCGACGAGGAACAUCAUAACUUAGCUUCGCUUAGCCCCUCAAGUUCCAUCAUCGAUGGUUUGGAUGAUGAUGACGAUGAUGAUGAUUGUGAGGGACCAGAAUUGUUACCCGAUGACGAUGAUGAUCUGCGCAGUCAUGGUGGCAUAUUGACACCAACGCCAUUAAACAGAGACAUAGGUGAUUUAUCUAUUAAUCAGUUGCCCCAAUACUCUGCAGCUGAGGAGAGACGUGAUUCUCGAAAUUGGCAAAAGAUCACUUUACCAGACGGCCGAACGCGUGAUAUUGAUAUGCGUGUCAUAGAACCAUACAAGCGUGUUCUAUCUCAUGGUGGUUAUCUUAAAGCCGGCGGUCACAAUGCUAUCGUAAUUUUUUGUGCUUGCCAUUUGCCGGAUCGCUCGCGUACCGACUAUAGUUAUGUCAUGGACAAUCUAUUCCUAUAUGUGGUUAAAACAUUGGAACAAUUGGUAACCGACGAUUAUGUAUUGAUUUAUUUGCACGGUGGUUCAAGUCGUCGCAAUAUGCCAUCUUUCCCGUGGCUAAAAAAGUGCUACCAACUCUUGGACCGACGUUUAAGAAAAAGUUUAAAAAAUAUGUAUCUUGUACAUCCAACUUUCUGGAUAAAAUCUAUUAUAUGGAUGACACGGCCAUUUGUAAGCACCAAAUUUUGGCGUAAAUUAGUGUAUGUGAAGUCACUGGAUGAAUUAUCGCUUUAUGUUACAGCAUUGGAAAAAGCCGCCAUACCAGAAAAAGUUAAGCAAUACGAUUCUAAAAAGCAUUGAAUAGCUAAUAUUAUCAAGAUACAAGAAAAAAACAAUAUUAGGUAAUGAUUUACACACACACACACACACAGACACAUACACUCCUGUACAACAUACAAGUACGCGUUAGAAGAAUACUCAGAAAAGUUAUAUGCCUCCUUUCCUAUAUAUUUUUUAAAUACUUAUUUUCUUUGAUGUGAUAUAAUUCAUAAUUUAAGAUUUAUCUUUGACUCUACAAAGUUUUAUGCCCUUGCUCUCUAAAAAAAAAACAACAACAUACUGAUUAUUUGUAUGUUUGUGAAAAAGUUGAUCUCUAUUAAAUAUUGUAUUACCACAAAAACCAUUGAAACCUACAAAAAAUAGAUCCCCUUUUACUAUGCUUAAGAUAUGUUGACGAACAAGCCGCAUUACAUUCGGAUGUCUGCAUGAGCAGUCAUACAGUGGCAAACAUUUAUUAGUUGAUACUCUAGAACAAAUUUUCAAUCUUUAGAUGAACAAAAUUCUUGGUUCCAUUUUUCUUGUUGGCUUGUCAGUUUUUGUUUGAAGUACAUUUUAUUUCGAAACUUUGCGAUAAAAUCUUCUCUUGGAUCAAAAGUAAACAAACUGUUAGAUAUUCUAAACCUCUGACAGAGAGAAGUACUUGCUUUAUUUAAUUAUACAGAAGUCUGCGUUUGGGUUAAUUUCCAAUUUUUUUUUUUUUGGGAUUGCAAUAUUAUCCAGCUUUAUCCAAUGAAGUCUAUUACUUUGAUUCAAGUUUCAUAGAAGUAUUUAGAUUAUUGUUGACCAUGAGCUCAACAAAAUAUCUAAGAUGUUAAUUUUGUAAAUAGAUUUGCUGUGAGUUUCAUGCUCUUUCAAGUACAAUGUUCAUGUACUUGCCUGUCUAAAUUAAAACUUACAAUAAAAUUUAGCAUUUCAAUAUAUAUAUUUUUUCUAAUUCUAUGUUAUCUCAACUUGUCUUAAGUAUAUUUCUUUAAGAAAAAUUGUAUUGCCUUUCUUUCUAAGCACAUUCUUGAGUUAAUGACCAUUGACUGGCCCGUACGCAUUUUCAUUCACAUUUUUAUUUAUUUUAUUUAUUUGAACAAAAUUUUCAUAAACUAUACUUUAUUAUAAAAUUGCAUUUGGAAUGCAGUGCCGAAGACCAUUAAUAUUCCUCUGGUAUUCAUCAUAUACUUAUGUUUAUAUAAUGAAAAUAUUAGUAGAGGAAUUGAUAUUAUCACCGUCUCCACCCACCUUUACAUUAUUGUUGUUAUUAUAAUCAUUACAUUACAAAUAUACACGCUCAUUACAUACAAAUAUACAUACAUAUACACUUUUAAGUCAACGCUAAACCAAUUACAUAUUCCCAACGCUACCAUACCAUAUUCCUAAACAAUAUUGUAAAAAAAAUCAGUUUUUUGAUUAAACAAUGUGUAGAUGAAAAUUCGACAAUGGUAA